GCGGCGGCGGCGGCGGCGGCGGCGGCGGGGCUCGGCGCCCUCUUCUCUGCAAACCAUGUUUGCCAAAGGCAAAGGCUCGGCGGUGCCCUCGGACGGGCAGGCUCGGGAAAAGUUAGCUUUAUACGUCUACGAGUAUUUGCUGCACGUCGGAGCACAGAAGUCUGCACAGACCUUCUUAUCGGAGAUUCGAUGGGAAAAAAACAUCACUUUGGGAGAACCGCCGGGGUUUUUGCACUCGUGGUGGUGUGUAUUUUGGGACCUCUACUGUGCAGCCCCUGAAAGGAGAGACACUUGUGAACAUUCAAGUGAAGCAAAAGCCUUUCAUGAUUACAGCGCAGCAGCUGCCCCGAGCCCCGUGCUCGGCAACAUUCCCCCCAACGACGGGAUGCCGGGGGGCCCCAUCCCGCCAGGCUUCUUCCAGGGUCCUCCGGGGUCACAGCCCUCGCCGCACGCACAGCCUCCACCUCACAAUGCUAGCAGCAUGAUGGGAGCCCACAGUCAGCCUUUUAUGUCACCGCGAUACGCAGGCGGCCCCAGGCCCCCGAUCAGAAUGGGAAACCAGCCUCCAGGAGGAGUCCCUGGGACACAGCCGCUGCUGCCCAAUUCCAUGGAUCCCACACGGCAACAAGGCCACCCCAACAUGGGAGGAUCGAUGCAGAGAAUGAACCCUCCCCGAGGCAUGGGGCCCAUGGGGCCUGGCCCACAGAAUUACGGCAGCGGCAUGAGACCACCACCCAACUCCCUCGGCCCCGCCAUGCCCGGGAUUAACAUGGGCCCGGGAGCUGGCAGACCCUGGCCCAAUCCCAACAGUGCUAACUCAAUUCCAUACUCCUCCUCGUCGCCCGGUACCUACGUGGGACCCCCUGGUGGUGGCGGCCCCCCAGGAACGCCCAUCAUGCCUAGCCCUGCAGAUUCCACGAAUUCCAGUGACAACAUCUACACAAUGAUUAAUCCGGUGCCGCCUGGAGGCAGUCGCGCCAACUUCCCGAUGGGUCCCGGCUCGGACGGCCCCAUGGGCGGCAUGGGCGGCAUGGAGCCCCACCACAUGAAUGGAUCAUUAGGGUCUGGCGACAUAGAUGGACUUCCAAAAAAUUCUCCUAACAACAUAAGUGGCAUUAGCAAUCCUCCGGGCACCCCUCGGGACGACGGCGAGCUGGGCGGGAACUUUCUUCACUCCUUCCAGAACGACAAUUACUCUCCAAGCAUGACGAUGAGCGUGUGAGCCCCUUGUCCGCGACGCUGAGAGCCGGCAUUGCAGGCGGGAAGACGCCAGGAAUUAUGCAAGAAGAAGUGAGGUGUCGGUGCCCAGGAGCCGGGGAGGCCGCUCCCCACCCCCGCCCCCGCCCCCCGCCUGUCCCUGUUUUAGUUUCAUGCAAUAAAAAGGCCGAACUUUUUAUUCCAUAAAACGUGAAGGACAGAAACUCAGAAUAAAAAUAUAUUUCAAGUCAACACCAGAAAAACCCCGCCCCUCGCCCUUUCCGAUGGGAGCUUUUCUGUACAUGACACUUUUAUUUUGUUUUUGUUUUUGUUUGGGGUUUUACCGUUGUUGGGAUUUUUUUUUUUUUUUUUUAAUUUUCAGGGGGAAUUUUUGGGGGGAUUUUUUUAAAUGGAAGCUUCUAGCAAGCCCCUCACCCCACCCCACCCCAGUCAACCUCUUUUUUCUUUAAAAAAAAAAAAAAAAGGAAAAAAAAAAACAACCAAAACCCACCAGCCCUGCCUCUGUACCCAAGCCCUUCCUUCCACCAGGAAAGCUAGUGUAGGUGUGAAGCCUACUACACUGUCUUUGUAGCCAUCCAAAAAUAAUAAUAAUAAACUGGACAGUUUACAAUUGGUGGUUUCUUUCAAAAAGCCUUUUUUGGAAAGAGAAAAAAAGGAAGUCACCUUUUUCCACUUGGGGUUUUUGGUUUGGGCAGUGCUUACGGAGGGGUGUUCUGGCCGAGCGGGCAGUAGCAGCAUCCUUGAACCCAGAACCCGUCUCAUCGUGGGGCCUGACCACCUGCCCCCUCCCAGGAUCAAGCCCCAGGCGAGACGCCCACCGCCGGCGUGUACUGCGACCCCAGGACUGCUGCCGCCCCUCUCCGGGACCUCUCCUGGCCCUCAUCGGCCCUCACGCCGCUGUCUUCCCAGCGAGACUCCUGCCAGCAGGGUGGUGGCAGCCGGCCCCGUCGGAGAGGCCGCCGCCGACAGGACGGCUAUGACCUGGGACGUGGAAACUGUGACCUCCACUUUCUGGUCCUGGGACCCUCGGCUCCCGGGCACGGGCACGGGCAGGGUGGGCUGGAGUUUGCAUUUUCUUGUUUUUAUUUUGUUUUGUUUUGUUUUUCUCUUCGUCCUUCUUUUGAAAGAUGGGUUGUUGACCAGAAUUGCUGUGUAUAUGCUUGAAACUGGAGGGGGAGACUUGGAAAAGCUGUGGGGGGUGGGGGGACACCAACAACCAAGCGGACGUGCUGUUUCCGGUCCCGUCUUUAUUUUGUGGAGCCACCGAGCCUGCUGUGGCCUGUGCCCUCCCAGGAGGGGCGACAGUGGCCACCUCGCCUCGCCCACCAUUGGAACCUCUGUGUCUUGCCCUAAAGACACCCCGAUUCUUUGUACAUUGACACUCCCUCCUACCUGCCCGCCCGCCCCGUAGCUGGUCUUUGUUUUGCCCCGCCCUUUCUGAUCCAUGUAUA